AUGAUUGUCAAGCUCGACUACUUUUGGAACUUCGACCUGAAGAUGUCAAAGCUCUCAUCCACGUAUUUCAGGUCAUUGCGGCCCUGUUUGCCAGGUCGCAGCAUUCAAUGCCAACGACAAUCUAUAUGCAUGCGCCAUAACAAAGCAACAGCACCUGGCAGACGUUAUUUUACGUCGGGGGCGGAUAGGGCUGCUGUCGGGGUCUUUACGCCAACGGCUGCAGCUCUAUUCGUUGCAACCGGCAUUGGUUUAUUUUACUACUUCCGUUAUGAGAAGCAAAAGCUCCUUGAACAACGACAAAAGGAGCUCGAAUCUCGAAGCGUCGGACGACCGCAUGUGGGUGGUCCCUUCACGCUAACGACCCACGAAAACAAGCCUUUCUCUGAUAAAGACCUCUUGGGGAAAUGGAACUUCGUCUACUUUGGUUUCACCAACUGUCCUGACAUAUGUCCUGCUGAAUUAGACAAGAUUGGUUCAGUCUUGACUUCUCUAGAGAAGGAUUAUGGGACGAUCUUCCAGCCCGUAUUCAUCUCCGUUGACCCUGCACGCGACUCUAUCCCUCAAAUGAAGACAUAUCUUGCAGACUUUCACCCUCGUAUCAUCGGUCUCACGGGUGACUAUGCAACCGUGAAAACCACAUGCAAAGCCUACCGCGUCUACUUCUCCACCCCGCCUAAUGCAGAUCCCAAGGGUGACUACCUCGUCGACCAUUCAAUAUACGUCUACCUCAUGGAUCCAAAUGGGCAGUUCGUUGAAGCGUUUGGGCAGAGCAGUACACCAGAAGAAGUUGUUGAAGCGGGUAAAAAAGGAAAUUUCAGAGUUUGA